AUGACUUACGUCUCAGAUUCAGACGGCGACAACUCGCUCCCGCCGUUGUCUCCAGAAUGGAUCAACAAAGACCAGCUACGAGAGGUGUUUUCGAUUCUCUCAGAGGCCAGCAAGUGUCGUAUACGGGCCGAGGCUCGUGGAACCCCCAUGGAGGAACUUUACAAUGACAUAGAGAAGCUGGAUAUUGAGGUUUCCGUUGGACAUGAACUUGUGGAAACGCAAAUACCACAUUCAGAACAAAUUGUACAUUUAGAACAGCUGAGGGUGCCUGAGCAAACGUUAGUACAAGAACAAUCAAUAGGAAGCGAUUCUAACUUGGACUCUCAACUUCCGCACCAUCAAGAGAACGUCCUUGAAACUUUUCUACCGAAGCAUAUCGAGAUUGAGUCGUCUCCUCUACGACACGAAAUACCUGUCAUUGACGGAAAUCCGGUCCCUUUACUGAGAGCAUCUACCAGAAGUCUACGGAAGCGAACGUUCGCCAGUCGUCAUCCAUAUAUCGCCGACCAGGCAGACUGGCUUGGAAUCUGUACGGUAGACAGCAUCAAUGAGAUGUUUAACGACGACGAGGAUGUUACGAAGGUUGUCAAAGCGCUCAAUCAGCUCUACUUGAGAAGAAAAAAACGAUAUCCAGACGAAGAUCGCUACAAGUCUAAGAACUUCUAUGCGCAUUUGGGAAUGAGCAAGCAUUUGGCAUUAUCAGGCGACUCAGAAGUAUCCAGCAGAGAUGUUAUAGAGCAAAUGUCGCAAAAUGCCGAAGAGGAUGAGUACGAAUCGGAUGGGAAAGAGGAUGACGAGGAUGAAGACGAACAACUUAUCCCUUACGAAGGUUUAAUCAGCUCUUCUUUGCCUGAUUAUGACGAUGCAGACAAUAACACAAGAAAUUUUUACGAGAAUGACGAAGGAAAAGACGCUGACAUCUCUGCGGAAAGUGGAGACGAAUCCAGCGAAGAAGAGCAAUUGAUUAAGAUUGGCGGGAGAUAUAGAAAACUCAGUCGUAUUUUGCGUGGUGUGCUUCCUGAAUCAGCCAGAAGACUUGAUAUUUUCAAGGACACCAAGCAAGUGAGGAAACCCAAGAAAAAAAUCAGGGUCUUGGAGCCACGCAGGGGUCUUGCAAUCAAGAAGUAUGGAUCCAAUUCGGCUCAGUCAGAUGAAUUACAAAAAGAACUCAACUCUUUCAUAGAUGAAAACCAAUCAGGAGAGGAAUAUACUCCAAAUCAUCAGCAGUUGAUUCAGAAGUCAAUCACCGACUUAACCCCGAGUUUCACCGAGGCCAGCUCCAGCUCUGAUUCUGAAAGUGACUUCGUGGAGGAAGUCUUCUCCGACAAUGUUCGCGAUGACUUGACUCCAACGUUCCUGGUUUCAAGGAUCGAUCCGUAUCUGAGUUUUGUGGAUGUGGAGUCAGACUCCGCACACGAGGAAGACCGCAUAGACCACAUGUUUGCCAGUGGUCCAAAACACCAGAGUAACGGCUCUGGGUCCAAAAGAGUGCAUUCCAAAGCUCGUCAUGCUCGCUCAACGACUCCCAAGUCCCAUAAUACUGAAUUGAGAGACCUGACUAACACUCCUCAGCAUAGGCGAAAACGCAGGUACAACAGGCGUUAUCUGACCAGUCUCAAGCGUAGAAAGCUUGUGUCUCCCCAUUCAAAUCGAACGCCAAAUGUUGUGGAUGCACCUUCAAAAAGACCGCAGGCAAAACAAGUGGUGAGAAAUCAAGCAAUAACAAGAUACAAAACGAACAUCCAACAUGCAAAUAUUGAUAGCAGAGAAAAGCAGAGAGGUCAGCAGCAAAAACUACAUCAGCAAAAAGCUCAACAGCAAAAAGCUCAACAGCAAAAGAAUGCUCCAGAGCACUAUGUGGGGAGAUAUGCUAAAAACGAGUUUAGAAGAGAUCCAAUUCAAAGCACAACAGUUUUUGAGGUGGAGAGCUCCACUCAUUUUGUGCGUAAUCGAAAUGUUCACCAAAGCGGAAACACCCCGGACAAAUAUGCUCCAUCCAAAGAGUUUCUUUUCGGAUUAGAUGGCGAUUUCCUUCCCAGGGAUUUGAUGCCAUUGACGGAGUUCUCGAAAGUAAAUACAAUGGGAGAUGGCCAUAUCUUCUUCAAUGGAGAAGAUAGUGUGGUCUUCACAUUGGUCGGGAAGAGAUACUCCUUAGGGCUCUACCGUAUCGAAGCUUCCAACUUAUUGUCAGAACGUUACUUCAUGCAAUUACGCAAACUCGUCCUGGACUCUAAGAUGAUUCUCAAUCCAAAUAUCAGAGAAGAAAUUCAUCACUCGUUGAAAAUGAUCAUCAAGUGGAUUUUAAUUGCCCAAGAACAUCCACUGGAGGAGCUCUGGAAGCUUUUAAACCACCAAUUGAAGGAUUUCACGAAAUUACACACUCGGGAAAUGCGACAACAUCAGUGUAUUGUGAGCAGCCGUCUAUUGUUUAUUUACUACAUCUACAUUCGAAUUGAAACAACGAAGGUGUCUAAUUCCGAGCAGCAAUUACUAGAACAUUUUAAUGCCAUUUGCUCUGAUUACUGGUCAGUUUUGUUUCAAAGUUUCUCUGCCUCAGAAAUCUGCUCCGAGUUUUCUCCAGAAGCUAGAGAAACCUUGCUCCGUGACUCGUUGGCUAUCAUGUAUUCAAUUUUCACAACUCAAAAGUCGUUCUGGUGGGCUCCUAUUAUUGAAGCUUUACAUGAUUCUGUUCAAGUCAUUUACGAUAAAGUUUCUUUGUUAAAUGUGAUCUACAUCCUUUCCUCGCUCGUUCCACGCAAUAAAUACAAUUGGGGAUGCUUCCUUGCUGUUUUGAGCGAACUAAAGAGUGAAAGGACUUCUGAAUUUUACCAUCAUUUUAUUGACACUUGUGCUCUUGCAGUUCACAGAUUGAGCUGGCCCCUAGAGGAAAGGUUGAUCACACAACUUUAUUCCUCAUUUGCCCAGAGACAGUUUGGGAACUUUUCUGAUGAGGGAUUUGUGCCCCGACCAUUGGGACUCAUUCACACUCGUUUGGAUAUUCCAGAGUCCAGUGUUUUCGAGAGAUUCAUGGGUCUUUUGUAUAAUCAUGUCUCAAGCCUUUCCUCAAAAAAAGACGUGAAGAAACUUGUUUCCAAGUUGGUCGCAUCUAGUCAGUAUCGAUACAUGAGUGGUCGGAAGUAUCAGAUUCAAUUUGUGAACCGGUUAAAUUUGAUAUUGUUGCUUUUUCAAGUUUGUGACGUUGACCUAUCCAGUCCUUUCAUUAGUCUUGUGGAAUCUAUUGGAGACUCCAAAGAUAUGUUCAUUUAUGGUAGAACAUUUGAUGCACUUGUUCUCUAUUGUGAUGUUGCCAAAAGCAGACGAGCUGGUAUUCCCUUGAGAGCGUUUGAAGUGCUUCUUUCCAGUUUCUGUACUUAUUUUAACAGUCUCUUUGGGAUGCCAGACUUACUCAAGAGAGCCAUUCAAUUCUUGGGUAGUAACUUCCAAUGUCAUAAUGAUAGCUCUCUUUUCCAGUUAUUGAAAGCUGUCAGCUUGACGAAGAUUCCAGAUGGUGUCUUAGCUGAUUUCCUCAGCAUGGUUCUCAUUUCGUCUUUUGAAGUGCUGGGUCGAAUUAAUGAGUUAAGUGAAUCCGAGAUGGUAGACAUUAGCCAUUUCGACAAAGCAAUAGUCAAUUUAUUGAGUGCUCAAAUGAGAAGAUUGCAUUUGGUUGAAUCUCGCCAGCGAGAAAGAAUCGAGGAUUCCAUUGAGAUCGCAAUACAGAUAUGGAUGAUAAUAGCCUCGGUGACAAACACUGAUCACUGGAAUGUUAUGAUGUUACGGAAGUACCCAUACAUUGGAAAUGAGCAGCUGAGAGAGAAGUUUGUGCUCUUAAUGUGUGAAGAGUAUGUAAAGUCUGGACCACUCAAUGACUCCAUAAUUACAGAAAUCGACACAAUUAUGGUAAAGGGAUUAAUGUCGCUAUCAAUUUCCAAGUAUGCCCUUCCGCUAUAUUUGAGGCUUUGCAGGACUGCUGGAUCAUUAUUCUGCUUUAAGAAGAUACUGACUUUAACUAUAACUACACUUUCUCAAAUGCAAACACUCAGGCAACAGGUGUUGAAUCUCGUGAUUCAGAAUAUGUGCUCUCUGAAUUCGCAUUCCAGAGACGUCAAGGUUUCACUCUUAAAACAGUUUGUGAACAUCUUGCUGCAUGAAUAUUCUAGAAACUUUUUGCAGACCAUCUACGUUGAAUUUUGCAAGCAAAUGGUGGAAUUGGUACAGAAGGCAGGUAAGUCACUUCUCAACAAUGUAGAUGAGUUCUGGGAGUUUGCUGUGAAGUUAGGUUUCCCCAAUAGAAAAAAGCAAAUCGCAUGGAGUGAAUCGAGCGAGAUGGACCAGUUACAAAUGCUUAACAAUGAACUUCUUGAUGCUUUGCAAUAUAGCAAAGACUUGAAGAAAGCGUUGGACAACUGGAUUAAUAUUAGCCAUAUGAGUGCUGUUUAUUCAUUGGUUCAAAUCUACAUUUCUGCAGUUUCCAUUCACGAAUCACAUUGGGCCCAUUUGUCCAAUUUGCUCCAGUAUAUCUUAUCGAGAAUAGAGCAAUACCAGGUGAAGGUUCAAGAGUUUGCAUUUCAGAGGUUUUUGGCGAUGCUAGUUGACAUAGCAACCAUUUCGUCUCGUUGGAAGAGCAGUACUUAUUCGAUCUAUGAACUAGAUGCCUUGACAACCUGCUCGAAGAUUCUUCACCAUGCUUACUACUUUUACAGUGGGUACAAAGACCAAGCUGAUUUUAUGGAAGUUGCACGGCAGUUUUUGGGUCAGAUAGACUUCCACGCUCCUCAUGAUACACAACUAAGCUCCCCAUUCACUAGCCUAUCGUUCGGCAUGCUCAGGAAUUCAAGCCGCUCAUCAUAUACCCCACUUUUGCAUAAUCCCCCCGAAGAAUACUCAAAAUUCUACGAAACGCUAGACAAGCAAAUCACGAAGCUCCGAAAUACGUUACAGCCGAUAGCUGAGCAAGGACUGCUUGACUUUGAUUUCGAAUUCUGA